UAUUGAUAUAUUAUCCAAAAGUGGAUAAAUGUCUGAGGAACACACCUCUUCGUGACAACAUAAACGACUGAACGUCUGGACAGUGUGUUAUGAUUAUAGUUUAGAACGAUAAUAAUGAGUUCUGCAUCGAAAAGUGAUGAAGUUGGAAAAAAGCCAAAGGCUUUGCUGGGAGUAAGGCACCUUCAGGCUUUGAUGCUGUUUCUGGCCAUGCUCAUCUCGUACAGUAUGCGAGUGAACAUGAGCAUGGCUAUAGUUUCCAUGACCGAUGACAACAGUGAAAAUUCCUUCGAUUGGAGUCUGCAGAUCCAGAGCGUCAUACUCUCCUCCUUCUUCUGGGGGUACGUCGUGCUGCAGAUUCCCGGGGGAGAGCUGGCUGCGAGGUUCGGGAGCAAAAUCCUGCUGAUGCUAUCCCUGGGGAUCAAUGCUGUGGCGUCGUUGUUGCUGCCUCUUGCUGCGUACUAUGGUGGCUGGCAAUAUGUAUGUGCCUGUCGAGUGGUGCAAGGUGUCUCCCAAGGGUUUCUCUUCCCCUGCACACACAAUCUCAUCGGAAAGUGGGUGCCAUUGGAAGAGAAAAGUCGAUUGGGCACCUUUGUAUAUGCAGGAAGCCAGCUAGGCACAGCCUUACAGCUUCUCGCAGCCGGUUACAUCUCCGAGUACUGGGGCUGGCCGUUCAUAUUCUACAUCAUCGGAGUCCUCAGCGCCAUAUGGACGGUGGUCUAUGCCUUCCUCGGAUCUAAUUCUCCGCAAACUUCGAAGAUCAUCAGCUCGGAAGAGAAGAUGUAUAUAGAACAUUCGUUGGGCCAUGUUGGGGAGCAAAAGAAACUUAAGACUCCUUGGAAGGCUAUAGCUACGUCGGUGCCUUUUAUAUCCCUUAUCAUAGCACACUGCGGUCAGAACUGGGGAUUCUGGACUCUCAUGACCGAGACACCUUCGUACAUGAGCAACGCCUUGGGCGUUGACAUCAAGUCUAAUGGUCUUAUGUCAGCCACUCCGUAUUUCGCCAUGUUCCUCGUGAGCUUCCUCGUCGGUCAGUUGUCUGACUACGUUCUGAGGAAGAAAUGGCUCAGCAUUACUGCGUCAAGGAAAAUAGGCAACUCUAUUGGCAUGUAUGGUCCUGCUAUCGUAUUAGUGGUUCUGACCUAUGCACCAGCCAACGCUACAGUCGCUGUUUCACUUCUAACGCUAACCAUGGUGUUGAACUCCGGACAUUACGCUGGCUAUUUGUUGGUCCACAUUGACAUGGCACCAAAUUUUGCCAGCACUCUGAUGGGUAUCACCAACUUCUUCGCCAACAUCGUCGGUAUCAUCGCGCCUUUGGUCGCUGGAGUGAUCGUCAAGGAUGAGACGAACGCGACCGACUGGCAGAACGUGUUUUAUCUGUCGUCAGCUGUGUACGUCGUCUUUAACACCAUAUUCGUUAUCUUCGGGAGCAGUGAGAGACAACCGUGGAAUGAGCCAAAGGAAAGGAAUGAGAAAGAAUUACAUCAAGACGGGGAGUCGCACAUCACAUAAAACGGCAAAGCUCACUUGUGCACUGAAUUAGAUAAUUUAAGUUUCAAUUAAAUAGGUA